ACAAAUUCGGAGAUUGUAAGUUUGAUAUUAGUGGAUAAGCGAUCGUUGGUGUGAGAAGCUCUAGUUCUGUACUAGCGCUGAUGUGGACGGAUGCUCCAGCUCCAAUGCUUCAUCAGCCUUCCGCGUCGGCGAGCGACGACCGAGCACCAGCACCAACACCAGCAGCUCUUCCCUUUCCUCCCCCACUCCCACGGACGGACGGGGCGGGGCCGACCGACGCGCACCUCGUCGCUCGCUCCGCGCGCUCCCCUCCUCCUCCCAUCCGCUCGCCAUGGAGGAAGCCAAAGCUGCACAAGAUAGAGAUCACAAGUUCUUAUCGAUAGCGGUAGAAGAAGCUUACCGAGCAGUCGACUGUGGCCAUGGACGCCCAUUUGGUGCGGUCGUAGUCCGCAACGACGAAGUAGUAGUCAGUUGCCAUAACAUGGUUUUGAAGAACACUGAUCCAACUGCACAUGCUGAGGUAACUGCAAUAAGAGAGGCUUGCAAAAAGCUUGGAAAGAUUGAGCUGUCGGAUUGCGAAAUGUAUGCAUCCUGCGAACCUUGUCCGAUGUGUUUUAGCGCUGUUCAUCUAUCCCGGAUCAAGAGGCUGGUGUAUGGAGCCAAGGCAGAAGCUGCUGUUGCCAUUGGAUUUGACGCCUUCAUUGCUGAUGCUCUCGGAGGAACUGGGCACUACCGUACGGCCAACCUGGAGAUAAAGCGAGCAGAUGGGAAUGGAGCCCUGCUUGCUGAACAAGUCUUUCAGAACACCAAGGGGAAAUUUCGAUUGAAAUAAUGUGUAUAUGAAGACAUGAUGGGAUUUCACAUCACGGAAUCCCUUGAUGCUCAGAAAAGAAAGAUACUGUAAUUGUCAAAAUUAUGUCAUUGGUGAUUUGGGCAGAUUUGAUUCUAAUUUGCUCUUACUUAA